AUGAACAAAUUGCACGCACAUGUCGCUCGUGUGAACACGAAUCACAACGAGGGCCGAGCAGAGAAGGGAAGAAAUGGAGAGAUGCUUUCUGGACAAAAGCCACAAGGCACCUUUCGCGUUCGAGACAACGACAUGAAGAGAAUUAAGAAGCGUCAUGACGCAAAGCGCGACCGCAAGGUCCGAUUCGAAGGGGUUCCGGAAAAUGGAUCUGUCGACGGCUCUUUACCCUGUCAGUCUGAUGAUUUUCAUUCUUCGGCUAACCGUAGCGUGAGCAAAGCAACAAAGUAA